CCGUCUCGCCUCGCCCCGGGCUCGCCGCGCCACCAACGCCAGCAGCCGCAGCAGCGGAGGCAGCGGUGCGCCCCGCCACCAUGAAGGUGACCGUAGACUUCGAGGAGUGCCUGAAGGACUCGCCACGCUUCAGGGCAGCUUUAGAAGAGGUAGAAGGAGAUGUGACGGAGCUGGAACUGAAACUUGACAAGCUGGUGAAGCUUUGUAUUGCAAUGAUUGAUACUGGGAAAGCGUUUUGUACAGCCAACAAGCAGUUCAUGAAUGGAAUUCGCGACCUUGCACAAUAUUCCUGUAAAGAUAUAUUGGUUGAGACCAGUUUGACAAAGUUCUCUGACACCUUACAGGAAAUGAUUAAUUAUCACAAUAUUCUGUUUGACCAAAUCCAAAGAUCAAUUAAAACACAGCUUCAGACUUUCGUUAAAGAAGAUAUUAGGAAAUUUAAAGAUGCAAAGAAACAGUUUGAAAAAGUGAGUGAAGAAAAGGAGAAUGCUCUGGUGAAAAAUGCCCAAGUUCAAAGAAAUAAGCAACAUGAGGUAGAAGAAGCAACCAAUGUUUUGACUGCAACACGAAAGUGUUUUAGACACAUAGCUCUGGAUUAUGUUCUUCAGAUCAAUGUUCUUCAAUCUAAAAGGAGAGCAGAAAUCUUGAAAUCGAUGUUAUCAUUUAUGUAUGCGCAUCUGGCUUUUUUCCAUCAAGGCUAUGAUCUGUUUAGUGAACUUGAACCCUACAUGAAAGAUCUUGGUGCACAGCUGGAUCAGUUGGCUGUAGAUGCUGCGAAGGAGAAGAGAGAUAUGGAGCAAAAGCACUCCACUAUUCAACAAAAGGAUUAUUCCAGUGAUGAUACUAAACUAGAAUACAAUGUAGAUGCAGCCAAUGGCAUUGUUAUGGAAGGCUAUUUAUUCAAGCGAGCCAGCAAUGCCUUCAAGACUUGGAACAGGAAAAAGCCAGAUCACAUCAGGCGCUGGUUCUCAAUACAAAACAACCAACUUGUGUACCAGAAGAAAUUUAAGGAUAAUCCCACUGUAGUUGUUGAAGACUUGCGGCUCUGCACAGUUAAACACUGUGAAGACAUAGAAAGACGUUUCUGUUUCGAGGUGGUUUCUCCAACAAAGAGCUGCAUGCUUCAGGCUGACUCGGAAAAGCUGCGGCAGGCGUGGAUUAAGGCUGUUCAGACCAGUAUUGCCACAGCAUAUAGAGAGAAAGGGGAUGAAUCUGAGAAACAGGAAAAGAAAUCAUCCCCUUCUACUGGGAGCCUGGAAUCUGGGAGUGAGACAAAAGAGAAGUUGUUGAAAGGAGAGAGUGCUCUGCAGCGAGUCCAGUGUAUUCCUGGUAAUGCUGCCUGCUGUGACUGUGGUUUGGCAGAUCCUCGUUGGGCCAGUAUCAACCUGGGAAUCACAUUGUGCAUCGAGUGCUCUGGGAUACACAGGAGCUUGGGAGUCCACUUUUCAAAAGUAAGGUCUUUAACGUUGGAUUCAUGGGAACCUGAACUCUUAAAGCUUAUGUGUGAAUUGGGAAAUGAUGUUAUAAAUAGAAUAUAUGAAGCGAAGUUGGAAAAAGUGGGAGUAAAGAAGCCACAAUCUGGAAGUCAAAGGCAGGAGAAGGAGGCAUACAUCAGAGCAAAAUAUGUGGAAAGAAAGUUUGUAGAGAAGCAAGCUGCAUCAGUACCUCUGCCUGAGCCUGGAACAAAAGUUUUGCCUCCAAGUCAGGAAGAGAAAAGGCACAGUGGCCCUGAAAAAUCCCUUUUGGCAGGAGAACAAGGGGCAGCAUCCCAAAAAGCGGUUGCUGUAAGUAGCGACGAGGCGAGGCGGGAGUCUCUCUUCUGUCCUGAUGAACUUGAUUCACUCUUCUCCUACUUUGAUACCUCUUCAAAACUCCGUAGUAUCCGAAGCAGUGACAGUGGGAUCCAGCCCAGCACUGAUGACAGCAGAGAACACCUUGCCUCUACGAUAUCAGCCAACAGUUUGUAUGAGCCAGAAGGAGACAAGCAAGAGUCUCCAGUGUUCUGCGACUCCAAGCAGCCUAGUCCAGGAUUGCGGUUGUAUCGAGCUGCCUUUGAGAAAAAUCUUCCUCACAUGGCAGAAGCAUUGGCUCAUGGAGCUGAAGUAAACUGGGUCAACGUGGAAGAAAACAAAGCAACACCACUCAUUCAGGCAGUGCGAGGGGGUUCAUUGGUUACUUGUGAAUUUUUGCUGCAGAAUGGGGCCAACGUGAACAUCCGAGACAUGAAAGGAAGGGGGCCCCUGCACCAUGCCACAGUUCUAGGACACACUGGGCAAGUGUGCUUAUUCCUAAAACGAGGAGCAAACCAGCAUGCCACUGAUGAAGAUGGGAAAGAUCCAUUGACUAUAGCAGUGGAAGCUGCAAAUGCAGAUAUUGUAACACUGCUGCGUUUAGCGAGGAUGAAUGAAGAAAUGCGUGAAUCAGAAGGACUCUAUGGGCAGCCAGGAGAUGAAAUUUAUCAGGACAUUUUUCGUGACUUUUCUCAAAUGGCAUCAAAUAAUCCAGAGAAGUUAAACCGCUUCCAGCAGUCAGAUUCCCAGAAGUCUUAAGCGUCAAGAAGGAAAAGAACCUGAAGCUUAUAGUGCAAGUCUUUUUUUACUUUAACAGAAUGAAUUGUAUGCAUUUUGUUAGAUAGUUCGGAUAAAACGACCACUCCAAUGUAGCUUUAGAUUGUGGUAGCUGGGGAAAUGUAUGAGUCGGUUUAUGUUCUACAGUACAUAUACCUCAGCAGCUGAAGAUGUUUCCAAGCCCCGAGUACCCGCUAGCUGAGUGUAAGCAGCCCCUGUCGCACGGCCGGUGUCUGCAGCUCGCACUCGGGGGUGGCAGUGCGCGGCUGCAGCGCCGCGGGCUCCGACCGCGCCAUGGCCACAGCAGCUCUGCUACCCUGGGUCAUCCCCCGGCACCUGUCCCCUGUUGCCGUAAGGAAUGUGCCUCUGACAAGAAGGUCUGGGUUGCAUUUUCUGGGACUGUUUGGAAGGGAAAUUGGGUAAUGACUUACUGAGUUGUCCUUCCGUUUGUGGGACUGCAGCUCAACCGAUUCUCUUGUUCCCACGCUGACUCUGGUUAGAGGCAGGCUGUUCCUAACAGAUGUGAUAACUCCUGCUCUUUUGCAAGCUCUUUCACAGUGGAAGCUCUAGCACCAGGCUGGCCAUUAUGCUGGUGACUGCAGGUCAGUCACAAAGGGAUAUAUCCUGGGGACCAAAUUCCUAAGAGCAAUCCAUUUUCCUUUUUUUUUUUUUUCUUUUCCUCUUAAAUUAAACUCUCAGUGCAGCAAGUAUCCUUCUAAAUGAGCAUGUGGAACCUUUCAUGAAAAAUAAACUUAAUCCUUUUGGACAUGA